AUGCCUUCGAAAAUUCAACUCGAUCAAAAUCUCGUCUUCUUGUAUAUUUGUCUCCAGAAAUCGGAUAUGAAAUCUAUAGAUUUUUCCUCCGUAGGUCAAACAACAAAUCUCAAACCUCCCGCUGCACGUAUGCGUUACACGAGACUUAAACGACAAAUUGAAAAGGGGGUUAUUGGAUCGAUUGGCGGGGUUAAUUUCGGUGCUGUGGGUGGGAGGGUAAGCAGAAAUGGGGAUGAGAAGGGUAGGAAUGAAGGUGCAAGCGAGAGAAGUGUUGGCGGUAGGAAGAAGAGGGCGAAAAAGGGGAUGAAGGAGAUAAAGAAGGAAGAAGAUAAGGUGAAAGUGGACGAAGGAGAGAAUGGGGGAAGAGUGAGAGUGAAGGAGGAAGAGGAAGAGGCUGAAGCAGUAGGAAUAAGAGCAGGAGCAGGAGCAAGGAUAAAAACACAAGUGCAAAUCUGUCUACCUUCUAGUGUGGAGAAAAGAAGUACGAAGAGGAAAAGAGAGGACGAGGACUUCGAUACAAACGCAAAUAUCUACAUACAUGAGUCGAAAGGACAGAUACCGAAACGUAAAAGCAUCCCAUCCUCACCCCUUCCACCCAUCCCAAACCAUCCCACCUCUACACAAUUUUUCUCCCCAGAAACUUUCUCCACAUACCCUCAAAUCGACCAUUAUCAUCACCAUUCUCCUCAUCCUCCUCCUCAUAUACAUUUUUCCUCCCCCCCUCUCUCUCCUCACAGAUACAACGCUCACAGAACCCGCACCCCACAAACCACCACCGAUACCAAUCCCAAUAUCAAUACCCUCGAACCCAAUCUCAAUCCCAAUCCCAAUUACAACAUCAACAACCUCACUCGAGCUCAAACCCUCUCACUCUCACUCUCACCGGCUAUAAAACCAAAACUCGAACCUCGUUCUUCAUUCUCAUCUUCCUCAUCAUCCACUUCCCCAUCGUACCCCUCCACCACAUCACCACCACACCAAAACCACAACAAAACCAAAAAUAACAACUACCACACCCAUGAAGAUCCCGACCCCGACCUUAACUCCUCCGACUCCAACUCCGAUUCCAACACCGAAUCCGACUCCGACUCCGAAGACCAAAAACCCCUAGCAAAACGCAGAAAACCCCAAACCAGCACCAACCAAACCGUUAAUCAGGGUAGAAACAUACCCUUAUCCACUUCCUCCAUCAUCUAUCCCUUUUAUCACCGCAGUCGCUACGUCGAUAUUUAG